CAUUUCCAGCCGGGGUUUGGUGGUGACGUAUAAAUGGGAAAGUACAGCGCCGCUGCAUCGACCUGAAAACAAGAAGACUCUGACACAGAGACUCACUUUCUGCCGACGACGGCUCAUGACGCUCUCAUAGAAACCCCAACUCGCGUUUCAACCAUGGAGAAACCUCCCUUCAGGCAGAACCAGAACUGCGGAGACUGGGAGCUGAAAGAGAGGCUGGGAAUGGGCGGCUUUGCCCAUGUUUACCUCUACCAGCAUCAAGAAACAAAUGAAAAACUAGCUGUGAAAAUGUGCCGUCUGGAGCUCACACCAAGGAACAAGGACAGAUGGAGCAGAGAAAUCCAGAUCAUGAAAAAGUUGAAUCACAUCAAUGUUGUGACAGCUCGAGACGUCCCAGAGGAAAUAGAGUACAUAGCCUUAAAUGAUCUUCCACUGCUGGCCAUGGAGUACUGCUCCAGAGGAGACCUGAGGAAGAUGCUGGGCAAACCUGAAAACUGCUGCGGUCUGAAGGAGAGUGAAGUGCUUUCGUUACUCAAUGAUGUUGGAUCGGGUAUCCAGUAUCUGCAUGAAAACAAGAUCAUACACAGAGACCUUAAACCUGAAAACAUAGUGCUGCAGGACAUCAACGGGAAGCUGGUUCACAAAAUCAUCGACCUGGGCUACGCUAAAGACCUGGACCAGGGCAGUUUGUGCACGUCCUUCGUUGGCACGCUUCAGUACCUGGCACCCGAGCUGUUUGAGACUAAGCCAUACACUGUCACUGUGGACUACUGGAGCUUUGGCACGAUGAUAUUUGAAUGCAGUUGCGGUUUCCGUCCGUUCCUGGACAACCUGCAGCCCGUGCAGUGGGCCAGCGAAGUGAAGAAUAAAGGUCCAAAAGACAUCAUGGCCACAGCGGAGCUGAAUGGAGAAGUCAGGUUCUCCAAACAUCUCCCCUACCCCAACAAUCUCAGCAGGACGCUGCUGGAGCCGAUGGAGGAGCUGCUUCAGCUGAUGUUAAAAUGGGAUCCUUCGCUGAGAGGAGGCAGGAUAAACUCCGAGACCAAGAAACCCCAGUGCUUUGAAAAGCUGGAGCAGAUACUGAGCAUGAAGGUCGUCCACAUCCUGAACAUGACCACAGCUCAGGUCCACUCCUUCCAGCUGACUCCAGACGAGAGUCUCCACAGUCUGCAGAAGCGCAUCGAGAUCGAGACAAAGAUCGAGGUGGUGAACCAGGAGCUGCUGCAGGAGACGGGAGUGUCACUGGACCCCAGGAAGCCUGCUGCACAGUGUGUCCUGGAUGGAGUGAGAGGAUGGGACAGCUACAUCGUCUACCUGUUUGACAAGAGCAUCACCACGUACUCCGGUCCCUUCAGCGCCAGGCGGCUGUCUGAGAAAGUCAACACCAUCGUGCAAGACGCCAAGACGCAGCUGCCUCUGGUGAUGUUGAAGAAAGUCUGGGGGGAAGCUGUGAGUUACAUCUGUGGCCUGAAAGAAGAUUACAGUAGACUUUUCCAAGGACAGAGAGCUGCCAUGUUGAGUCUCCUGCGCUACAACACCAACCUGACCAGGUGUAAAAACUGCAUGUUUGGCUUCUCCCAGCAGCUCAAGGCCAAGCUGGACUUCUUCAAGAGCAGCAUUCAGUACGACCUGGAAAAGUACAGCGACCAGAUGCACUACGGCAUUUCCUCUGAAAAGAUGCUAAAGGCCUGGCAGGAGAACGAGGAGAGAGCAGCAGCUUUCGCACAGGUGGCGGAGGUGAGCCAUCUGGACGAUGAGAUCAUGGCUCUGCACUCGGAGAUAGUGGAGCUCCAGAGGAGUCCUUACGCCCGACGCCAAGGAGACAAGAUGGAGCAGCUAGAAGAAAAAGCCAUCGAGCUCUACAAACAACUGAAGAUGAAAUGCAAAAUUCCUGACUCAGAUGUGAGCAGCGACAGCUCAGAGAUGGUGAAGGCCAUCAUCCAGACUGUCCAGAACCAAGACAAGGUCCUCAAAGAUCUGUUCACACACCUCAGUAAGAUCCUUAUCAGCAAACAGAAGAUCAUCGACUUGUUUCCACGAAUUGAGAAAACUCUGGAGAGCAUCAAGGACGCCGACAACGCAGUGAUGCAGAUGCAGAUAAAGAGACAGAGAGAGUUCUGGCAUUUACUCAAGAUCGCCUGUGCCCAGAACUCGUCACGAAACUCGAUAGCAGCCAGUCCGGAGUCGUCCAACCUGCUGCAGGUUUCCCAGUGGUCGCAGUCAGCUCAGCCAGUCAGCUCCCCACACCCACUAACAUCCCUACCUGGGCCAAAUGACAGUGAUGCUGCCCCACGGCUGCUGCAGGAGAACCAGAAGUACCUCAGUCAGCUGACCAGCCUGAUGCAGGAGGCUGCAGACGACCAGGCCAAGAGCAUAGUGCUCUGAUUUUGGUCUCCACCACCUCCUGAGGGAAGUAUCUGCCAAACGCUCCACUACGGUUACCAGCUAGACAGGUAGUUUAAGGCGUACGAUGGCAUCUGCUGCUGAAAAUAACAUCUGUAAGGCACAUCUGUGUGUCCGAGUGAUGUAAAUCCCAGCUUAAGAGUGGGGAGAGUAAACCAAAACAGUGAAGUUUCUCGCCAAACAAUGAGCCAAACCUCGCUAUAAAGCUCUGUAAAGUGACAUAAAGCUACAGGCUAACCAGGUAAAUGUCUGUAGUUUCAUGUGGAUAAGCGACCGCUUUUACACUGUUAAAUUUUCACAUUACUAUUUUAGACAUUGAUAAUAUUAAAAAACAAUUCAUUAUAGCUGUUAUGUGGAGCUGAUAGGCUUUAAUCAGCAUUGUGUUUGGCUUCAGUGUAACGAACAAGUUACAUUCAAGCCAAACAAGUUGCAAAACUAAAGUUAUUUUUCGCAAUCAAACAGUUACAUAUCUUUGUCAUCAGUUUGGAGUUGUGUUUGUGUCCAACUUUCAAUCUGAGUCCAAUGUUCUGUCUGUUUUAGCUCUGAUUUUGGUCUCCACCACCUCCUGCUGCUAAACACAACACUGUGGUGGCCAGAUACACUACUGUUCAAAAGUUUGGGGUCACCCAGACAAUUCCAUGUUCUCCAUGAAAACUCACACUUUUAUCCAUGUACUAACAUAACUGUACAAGGGUUUUCUAAUCAUCAAUGAGCCUUUCAACACCAUUAGCUAACACAAUGUAGCAUUAGAACACAGGAGUGAUGGUUGCUGGAAAUGUUCCUCUGUACCACUAUGGAGAUAUUCCAUCAUAAAUCUCCAGCUAGAAUAGUCAUUUACCACAUGAACAAUGUGUAGACUGGAUUUAUCAUUCAUUUAAUGUUAUCUUCAUGGAAAAAAAACUGCUUUCAAAAAUAAGGACAUUUCUAAGUGACCCCAAACUUUUGAACGAUGGUGUAUGUUUCUAUUUUGUUUUAAGUCCGUAGAAACCACAGAGAUACGAUGUAGGUUGUUGCAUGAAUUCAAUGCAGGAGUGUUAAUCAAGCUUUAGGCAGCUCAAUGUAAAGCUAAACUAAAACUUAAAUCUAAAUAAACCUGCCCUGCUCUCUCCAUUAAAAAAUGUUCAUACAGUCCCUAAAUUAGACAUUCAAUAAAUAUUCAAAAACAACAUUUUCAUUUGAGCAUCUUAUAAAAGUGCAACAAGAUAAAGUUAGCAGAAAGGACAGUUUAACAAACAGAGAACAAUCACAACUGCAACAGCAGUUAAGUUCAAAUGUCUGCAACAAAAUAAAUCACUUUUCCACAGCAGCUGAGCAGCUGUUGGUCUUGUGUCUUUUAACACAUUCUCAAUCGGUGAAGAUUCGACUGAUCAACUUCCUGAAGAGGAAACUUUUCCAAACUCUCUGGCCUCUGUGACUAAACUUGACGAUGCCUCAGAGUAUCCAUCUCUUCCUGUAUGUACACCACGAACACUUUGGUUGAAGUUAAGUCUUAAUGAGAGUUUCAUGAGCGUCUGAAGGCUUGAGGCUUCACUGGAGGCUGAGGAGGAGUAGAAGGUUUAAAUCUGGCUGCAGGAGGAGGGCUGGGCUUCACCGGAGGUACAGGAGGGGGACUGGGUCUGGCUGCUUUGUGCUGAAACACAAAACAACAUGGGUUUUAGUCAAAAUGUGUAAAAGUGAAGUUGCUGCUUCUGCACACAGACCUGCUGAGGAUGGGGGGAGGGUUUUAUGUCAUUUUUAGGGGAAUUUUAUCUGGUCUCAACAAAGAGUAGCGGAGCAACCCAUGACUGAGAUUCAGCUACAAGAUUAGACUUGAAUGAUCCCCAGAGGGAGUCGCAACAACUCAAGACAUAGAACAGAAAAGCACAACUAUUAAAAAGUAAUGAAUAAAACUAAAUAGGCAUGCGUUAUGUAUCACGUUGCAUCUAUUGUGUAAAAUACAUGCUUCAUUGUCACAACUAAAUAGUCACUGUAUGUUCAGAGGCCUUAAACACACAAUAAAUAUUAGAAAAUGACUAUACAGAGAAGAAUAUCGGUGUACAGGAACAAAAGAACCAGGACAGUUAUUAGUCUUUGUCUUGUUUCUGUUUGAAGCUUAAUCAUUCUUUCAUAAAGUGAAAUUCAGGUUGAAAGUUGCUGUUUUGCCAAAGUUUAGGAGGCGCAGAUGGUUUUUACAUGUUAACCAAGUGUUGCAGGAGCAGUGGGAGCAGAGCGUCGCUGCACGAGGAGAUUCCAUCGAUGGGGAUGGCAGUUAAAUUUAAAUCAGACAAACAUCCUGGAGCCUGAAGCAGCAAAGAUAAAGUCCAGGUCUGCUGGGCGUCACGGCAACCAUCAGAGGGCUGCAGGCCUGAGUGGCCGUCGACUCCAUGAAGGUGGGCUGGCUGAUCUGAGGUCUGUCUUUAACGCUCCCCUCCUGGAACAUCGGGUUCAGCUUGUCUGGAGCCGAAUGCACUUUCCUGUGGAGACAACUUUAAUCAGCUGUGAGGGUACCUGGUCCAAACAGCCUCCAGCAGUGCUGCUGGCGGUUUGGGCAGCGUCCGUCGUGGCAGAAGCUUUGACUGUGGCUGUAGCAGGGUUUUCCGUUCAUCUCGAAGCUGUCUUCUGGACAUUCGUUGGACGCUCCGGUGCAAUAUUCAGGAAGGUCGCAGUCGCCCACCGACUUCCUGCAGACGCUGCCGGACGCUUUCAGCUGAGGGUUGAAGGAACGUUUCAGAUUUGAAGCUGUAUUCGAGGCAGCUGAGCAGCUUUUAGUACCUGACAGCCGUCGCAGCACUCUCCAUGAGCACACUGAGAGCCUGCAGUCAGCCGGCAGGUCGAAGCAUCACAGCACGGGAAGCCACGCCAGCAGCUGGAACGGAAAACGGAGUCUCCCUUCACCAGAGGACGCGUUUAAACGCCCCUAAAGCGACAAGUGGCUUCGUGUUUUACCUCCUCAGUGCCACAGUCGCAGUCCUCCCCGGGGUCCAGCAGGGCGUUCCCACAGCGGGGCCCCGAGGCCAGGGUCCGGACUGAGGCCGGCCGCUGCAGGCAGCUGGGCUGAGCUCGCUCCAGGAACUCGGCCAGCUGAUCCAUGCUGCAGCCGCUGAAGAGCUCCGGAAACGCAGCGUUUCCCGUCCUGAGGAGGAGCAAAGAGGGACGUCUUGAUGUUCAACAUACCCAUGAUCUGGACCUGAAGAGGCUGGCGAGCUGAGGGCCCAGAUCCUGGUCCUGGUCCUGGUCGUACAUCAUGGUGCUGUUAGAUGAUCCACAGGCGACGCUGUUGCUGAUCUUCAGAUGUUCUCGUCUGUAAACUGCAUGUUCCCCGUCGUCGGUUUGUUCCAGAGGUUCUAUCAGGUCUGAAGAAUCAUUUUCGUGGCGGCAGCAGAUGAAGCAGGUCAUCCCAGAUGUCCCUCCUCCCAGUAACACUUUCCAGCUCUUCCUGGGGAUCCUGAGGCGUUCCCAGGCCAGAUGAGAUAUAUAAUCCCUCCAGUUGGUUCUGGGUCUACCCCGGGGUCUCCUCUCAGGCAGACAUGUUCAGAAAACCUCCAAAGGAAGCCUCGAAUCAGAUGUCCAAACCACUUCAACUGGCUCUUUUCUACUCUGAGCUCCCUCCAGAUGUCUGAGCUUCUCCCCCUGUCGCUAAGGCUGAGCCCAGACACCCUACAGAGGAAGUUCAUUUCAGCUGCUUCUAUCCGCUUGUAGACUUCCACUAUUUCUUGAAGAAAAAGUGACUUUAAUUUAUUGUAACCUGUUUGUAACAGCAGUUUAUUUUUUGAUAUUUAAGCUACUGCCAUCUCCUUCUUGUUAGAUAAGUACAGCCGACAAGCUAAACCCUAGAAUUAGCUCCAGAGGUCCUGGUAAAACGCUGCCAACUUGGGAGGUUUGGAUCCAGAAAUUCCUCUUUACAAAACAUUCCUUUUGUUUUCUUUGCAGCACCGAAACUAUUCCGAGCUGUUUCACUAAAAGGCUUCAUUGGCUUUACUUUAUUCUUUGAAUUUGUCUGUCUAAAGUCUAGACAAAUGACUUCUCUUCACUGCGACCAUUAAUGGAGCCUUAAUAUCAACAACUACAUCUGUUAACAGGUUUAACAUCUUUUCCGUCUGACACAUUUUGUGUCGCAAACCAGAAAGAUUCAAGGCAUAAAAGAAGAUCAAAGCAAGUUUUUACAAUUUAAAAGCAAUGCACAUCUGACAUUUGGAUAAAUUCCUCACUUGUUACUAACAAAGAUGAAAAAGAAUUAGACUUUGUUGAAAUAAAUGUGCAAAGUAUUCAUAUAAUCUGUCACGUGUGGGCUGAGGAAUCAUACUAGUUCUGUUCUCACCUGUCAAAUAAGCUAAAUCGUGCAGGAAGAAGAUAAAUCAACUCUUCUUGCACAUAUUUAAUAGAAUAUUUAGGAGAAAUGUAUGAAAUAUGUACUAAAAGGCAUAAAAUUUUGUUAUGUU